GCAAUCAAAGGCACUGCUUUCUUCUUUAAAAAAGGUGAAUUUAAACUCAACUGUAUCUAUUUCUUUCUAAUUACGCUGACGCAAAGUGGUUCUAUUCUAACAUCGCGCCUGCUUGCAUCUUGGUUUGUGUUCGCUUAUGCACAGUUUCGUUUGCACAAUUUCAGUGGAUUCCGUGGACAACCGUCGCAGUGCGUAUCGCGUGCCACAUCUGUAGUGCCACGCCCAUACCUGCCACCACGUGGCAAGUUGUCCAAGGGACUGCUGCCGCAACACACCUCGGCCUAGCUGUUGAAGUUUAAAAGGCGCAGAAACAAGAUGACCACAAGGGUCGGCCGUGCAUCGUGUGCCAUGGUGAUCACAGAGUGUACGACUGCCCAGCCUUUAAAAAGAUGUCAGUCGACGAGCGCUGGUCGCAGGCGUCACGUCUAAAGCUGUGCCAUGUCUGCCUCCGACCGGACCAUGAGACCCGUCAGUGCAAGCUGAACGGUUGCCGGGUAUGUAAGAGACGUCACAAUACAUACUUACACACCACACAAACACUCAACACUUCUCCACCUGGAGCCAGCACGGAACAAACAGCCGAACCUGCAAAUAGUGCUAGGUCGGAUGUGGCUUGCUCCUCGACUAUGUUAACCUCUGACAGUGCAGCGGUGCAAAACACCCUCACUGCUAGCACUUUAAUUAGCACUAGCGAGUCAUUGCUCUCAACAGCUCUAAUUGAAGUGAUCAACCCUAUUAACAACAAAAAGGAGACAGUUAAAUGUCUUGUAGACAGUUGUUCACAGUCUAAUUAUCUAUCUCAUAAUUUGAGACAAAAACUAAAUCUUGAUUGUCAGCCUCUAACUGCCUCAAAUGUGACAGGAAUAGGAAAUACGCCUCUGACCUAUCAACCUGUGCUUUGUGCAGCUCAUAUUCAAUCUAAACUCAGUGAUUUUAAUGCCAAAAUUGACUUUCUAGUUUUAGAUCAAGUAACUAGUCGCUUUCCACAAAACUAUGUAGACAUUAGUCACCUUAACUUACCUGCCUCUGUGCAGCUUGCUGACCCAACAUUUAACGUUCCAUCCCAAAUAGAUAUGCUGUUGGGAGUGGAAAUGUUUUGGACUAUUGUGACAGGUGCUGCAAAAAGAUUGCCAACGAGCAAGCGCACCUUCCUAAUCCCAUCUAAACUAGGGUGGUUAAUAGCGGGACCGGUAGAGGGAGCCUCGGCUCAUUUACAUACAGGGAACACGCGCAGCCACCUCUGUCUCUCUGAUCUGUCGGCCCAAAUGACCAAAUUUUGGGAAACAGAGGAGCUACCGUCUGAAACGGACUCCAUCAAAAAUGGGAAUGAGUUCAAGUCUCACCCUAUAAACCAACACUUUGUUGAAAACACUUACCGCCAAUCUGACGGCAGAUUCGUUGUGCGCUUGCCUUUAAAGGACUCGCCGGACUGCUUAGGCAACUCAUUUAACAUAGCUAAAAAGCGUUUAUUCAGUUUAGAGAAACGUUUUAGUAACCAACCUGAAUUAAAAUCAAUGUAUGUUGAUUUCUGUCGGAGUCUGAGCGAUGUUACAAAGCUAAUCACCUCCCGCAUCACCCCGCCGCUCGCGUCGCUGCCGGGCCCGCCGCUCGACGACCGCAACCCGCACCGCCUGGACCGCUACCUGAGGCUGGAGCAGCUACGGCAACACUUCUGGAAGCGCUGGUCGGCCGAGUACGUGUCUCUACAACAGCAACGCUACAAAUGGCGCGAGAGGCAACGUGACCUACAACUGGGAGAAGUAGUACUCAUCAAGGAGGAGGGCUUACCGCCGUUGCUCUGGCGCAUGGGCAGAGUCGUCAAACUAUACCACGGGAAGGAUGGCGUACCUCGCGUGGCAGACAUCAAUACCGCUAGAGGGGUGAUCAAGCGUGCGCUGAACAGAAUAUGCCCGCUCUCGUCACAACAAGAAUCCUGA